AUGAAUUCCCUGCUGGCCUUUUGUCUCGUUGUCUCUUCACCGGCUGCAGCCAGAGUGUGGUCUCCAAUUACUCCAAAUAAGCAGGAGCAAGGAAAUCAGCAAGUGAUUGUUAAAGAAGGCCAUAGAACGAUUGUUGUCGAAUGUGAACCGGAUCAUGUUCAUGGCCACCCCAACACCAUAGUCUCUAUCUCACCCGAACAACACCAUGUCCAUACGCCCGAGUCUAUUGAUGCCAAAGCUGCAGGGGGUAUCUCAUCUACCGUAAACGCUAAGGAGUAUAUCAAAGAAUCCUCAUCUUUCCUUCCAAAUGUCGGUCAUGAUCAAGGCCUUUCACAAUCAUCAAGGAACGCUGAGAGAGCAGAGACCCAAGUUACUCCUAAGGAGCUCAUAUGCGAUGCCUUGGGAAAAUGCAAGCACAAGAUAGCUACUGCAAUGGGAAAGGCUAAAGACAUGGUUUCCGAGACGACACACGAGGCUAUUGACAAGACGAAGGAGAUGAAGCACAAGGCAAAGGAGACUGAACUGUUGCGCCUCUGGCCUAUCUAA